AUGACUGCAGUUCUUAGAUCCGUAAAAUUCUUAAACUUUACAGCGCCUACCUCAGAAAACACGCAUUCUUAUUUUAAGAAGGUUCCAUCUCAGUAUUGGCAAUUAAAACAUUAUCUGAGUUUUUGUUUAAAAAACGACGAAGUAAUUUUACCGUGGUCAACUGUGUACGAUGCUUGGCAAACGUCUCUUAACUUUAUAUCGAAAAACUGUAAUAAAAGAUUUCCAGGCUGUGUGUCCGGUUUCUGUACUGAAUUAUGUAACAUUUGUAACACUUAUGAAGGCUCAGUCGUACUUGAGAACUGUGAGAAAUUUUAUGAAGAAUUUUAUCAACGGAGUAUUGACCUGCAAUUUGCUGAGAGACUUCGGCUUCUUGAAUUUACAAUAUUCUCGGAACAUAAUUUGACAAAAUACUUAAGAAAAUCGGACAAAAAACGAAUAGGAGAGGAUAAUGAAGAACCCUCGUCGUUUAGUGAAAAACGAAUUAGCCGUGAAGAAUAUAAUGUGGAUAAUUAUGUGCUCAAAGAUCACACGGCUAUAAGUUUUUCGGAUGAAGAGAGUGAAACCGAAGAAAUUUCCCAACCAGUAACUGAACAAGAGGAAAAUUCUCCAUUUAAUACGUGGAUUCUCACAACAGGGAAAAACGUCUCUCAAGUUUUGGAGGACUUUAGAUCAAAAAUUCCAAAACCAAAGGCUUACCUAUAUCCCGCGUUCUUUGGAAUACUUGAUCUAUCUGGUGAAGAUACGGAAGUUAAGAAACUGUUCACCGAUGAUGAAUGGUCAGAAAUGAAAAAUGAUUUUAGCAAAACGGUGGAAUUUAAAGAUAUAAAAGACAAUAAUAAGCCGGAAGGGACUAAUAACAGCGGUGGAGAAAAUACCACCACCACCAGUGAUACAAAUAAAAAUACGACAACUAAUACUAGUAAUGAGCAAAACAGCGAUCUCAAGAAGAAAUGUUGUACGACUUGUUUGAUAAAAUCCAAGAGAAAGAAGCCAGAUGAUCUAAUCACUGCGAUAGAAAAAUGCACAAUUGAGGGAAAUCCAAAGAUCAAUUCUAUACGAAGACUAAUCCAAACCUACGCCUAUAAUCUGGAGAGACUACAAACCUCGAUUACAGAGGCUAUGUUCUCCAAUAAUUUUACGAACAUUUUAACUAAAGACAUCCUGACAUACCAUCGGAAGUUUAUAUAUGAUGAAGGAGAGAUACAAAGUAUUGCAUCUGCCUUCAUUACAAAUUCAAUGAAGAAACCAACAGACAGGUCUCUGAUAGGACAAAAAUGCGAUUUUAGGGUUACGUCUGACGGAUUUGAAAUGGUUAUUGGGUUACGGUCUGGAGGAUUGCCAGAAGCCUGUAAAUCAAAGAAGUUGGAUGAUAAGAUUGAUCUGAUGGUCGCAAUGCGUGAUGUCUUAUUGCAGGAAGCAAUCGAAAAUAACGGAGUAGAGUGUAUAGAUUUCAAGCAAUUAUAUACAAUUGGAGUCCAAUCAUAUGGCUUUUUUUAUAACGUCUAUGCCAUGGAUUGGAAAUCAAGAGGGUUGUGGAGGCUAGGCUUACUGAAAAAAACAAAGCUACCACAAUCAAAUUUACAAUUACUCAUAAUUGAAAAAUUAGUCGUAACAAUGCUACGAAUUGAGUCAACACUCAAUCAUAUUGAAACUAUUCGGAAUGACUUAGUAAUGAAAGCAUCAAGAUUACAUAGAAAAGGCCGCACUUCUAUCAUCCUUAAACAAUAUGCAGUUUGUGAACAACGUGUAAGGCGGAUACGUAUUCUAAAAGACCUUUAUAAGGAUUAG